AUGCCGUGUGACCCAAGGGGACCUGACUGUGCCGGGCCAGGUAGAGUAGGAAUACAAGAAUCCACGUCUGAAGAGCGGGAGGCUCUGCAUGUGCAAAAGAGGGAGAGCUACUAGAUACAGAUGAAAAGAGUCUCAAUGAGCCCUGACACUCAGAAGGAUUUCUGGAGGAAUGUUCAGUUCACAGUGGACCAAGAUGUUGUAAUGACUGAUCGAAGUAACCAGUUCUUUAAGGGAGAGGACAAUCCGAAUGUGGAGGCAAUGAGGAAGAUCCUCCUAAAUUACGCAGUUUACAGCCCAUGUGUAGGAUAUUCUCAAGGCAUGUCAGACCUGGUGGCCCCACUGCUUGCAGAGGUUCUGGAUGAAUCUGACACAUUUUGGUGCUUCGUGGGUCUUAUGCAGAACACAAUCUUCAUCAGCUCUCCCCGUGAUGAGGAUAGGGAGAGGCAGCUGAUGUACCUGCGAGAAUUACUCUGUCUUGUCCACCCACGGUUCCACCAGCAUCUGUUGACUUUGGGAGAAGAUGGACUGCAAAUGCUGUUCUGUCAUCGUUGGAUCCUGCUCUGCUUUAAGAGGGAAUUUCCAGACACCAAGGCCCUGAGGAUGUGGGAGGCUUGUUGGGCUCACUACCAGACAGAUUAUUUCCACCUUUUCCUUUGUGUAGCAAUUAUUGUGAUAUAUGGGGAUGAUGUGAUUGAGCAACAGCUGCCAACUGACCAAAUGUUGCCGCACUUUAGUAAUCUGGCGAUGCACAUGAAUGGAGACCUUGUCCUCAGGAAGGUUCGAAGUUUGCUUUAUCACUUCAGACUUUUACGAAUCUCCUGCAGUUUGCAUGAUCUCUGCAAGCUCUGUGGCUUGGGCAUGUGGGACAGUGGCUAUAUUCCUUCAGUGGCGUGUAUUGGGCACCACCCUGGCUCUUAGAGCUGCCCAUAUGGGGGUAUUGUGGAGGAACCAUCCCCUAAACCACCCAAGGACAAUAAAAGAGGACCUAAAGUACAAGAUGUGUUUACUUUCAGAAAAUAG